AUGGAGAACAAAUCAUUGAAUUUAUGUCAAAUUCUAGGCUAUAUCGGCGACAGGAAACGUUGUCUUGUAGAAGAUGAAGCUGUAACAAAAGCAUCGUAUGAAAUUUGUUAUAUACUUAGUAAACAUAUGAAACCGUUUACUGAUGCUGAAAUUGUAAAGGAAUGUUUUUUAACCGCUUCCAAUGUACUGUUUGAUAAAUUCAGUAACAAAAAUCAAAUAAUUUCGGAAAUAAAAAAAUCCAGCUUUCAGAUUCUACCUGUGUUAGACGUAUUGAAGAUAUUGCAAACCAUACCUCGUAUUUGUGAUAACGUAAUUGAAGACUUGAAAAACUGCAAGUUUUUUAGUUUAGCUUUUGACUCUAGCACGGAUAUUUUAGCGACAUCACAAUGCUCGGUUUUUGUUAGAUAUUGUACAGAACAAAAUUCAAUUUGCGAAGAUGUUUUGAAAUUCCUUUCAGUGAAGGGCCAGACCAGGGGCAAAGAUUAUCUCGAUACUAUUUGCAAUUUUCUAGAACAGAACAAGAUAGAUAUAAAAAAAUUAUUAAUAGUUUGUGUGUGUACUGAUGGCUGUCCUUCAAUGACUGGAUCCGAAAAUGGAUUUAUUUCUCUACUGAAACAGAAUUAUGAUUUGACAAAUCUAAUAACAUUUCAUUGCAUCAUUCAUCAGGAAAACUUGGCUUCACGUAUUGCUAAUUCUGAAGUAGAUACUGUGAUGAAAACUAUUAUAAAUAUAGUGAAUUAUAUCCAAGCACGAGAACUGAACCACAGAAAAUUUAAAAGUCUUUUAGAAGAAGUGGGUAGUCAAUACAACGAUGUUCUUUUACAUACCUCGGUACGUUGGCUUAGCAGGGGAAAGUUCUGGUAA